AUGUCCUCGUCAUCAUCAUCAUACUCGUACACAUCGUACACCCCGCAAAAGGGCACCUCAUACUCGCGCCCCUCCACCUCAUCAACCACAUACUCAACCUCCUCAUCAUCAUCAUACCAGAGCUACUACACACAAUCCGGCGCAAACACCACCUCGUCAUCGUCGCGGAGUCAGCGCUACAGCAAGCCACCAAUCAUCCACAAUGGCGGAGGCAAGAUUAACGACCCCAACACGUCGACUUCGGCACCAAAUGGCGGAUACUACACUUGA